GCCAGCUUGGUGCUCAGUGAGAGGAAAAUAGCCCAGUGGACUCCGACAGCGGUCAGAUGAUAGCUAGUUAGCUAGCUGACCAGCAACACUACCGAUACGGAUUUUAACAGGAGUAAAUCACGACUAUUUCAAUCGCCAAAGCACUCCAUUUUCGUUUUUAAGGAAGAAUCUACGACUGAAAAUCGAUAAUUUAUUUUAGUAAAGCAAAUUUAGAAGAAUGUCAGUUAGUGCUAAUAUAUUAGGCGACUGAAGAUAACUUGGAUGCUAACAUUAAUACCACCAAACUACAAAGGGGUCAAGUAGAAUAGCAAGUUAGCUCCGACAAGAAUAUAGCAAAAAGCCAGUAGUGCUGGCUAGUAGCAAACGUGCGCUGUCAGAUAACGUUGGCUUAACUAGCUUCAGGUUUCCAAGCAAAGAACAAUAAAAAUACAUUUUUGGAAACUGUAAUAUGAAAAGAGACGCGUCGGAGACAUUAGGAUUUGUCCCUCAAAAAGACAUUGUCUACAACAAACUUCUGCCUUAUGCAGACAAGUUGGACGAAGAAUCCAAUGAUAUUUUGAUCAAAAUAAAAACAAACUUGGGCCGGGCGGUUCAGCUCGGAGAGAUAUGGCCGGGAGUCCUGUUUUGGACACGGAAACUUUCCACGUAUAUGCGCCUGUAUGGAAGGAAGUUCAGCAAGGAGGACCAUGUGCUGUUCAUCAAACUGCUGUACGAGCUGGUUACCAGCCCCAAGCUGGAGAUCAGCAUGAUGCAGGGGCUGGCACGACUCCUCAUCAACCUGCUCAAGAAGAAGGAACUUCUCUCACCUGAGGACCUAGAGUUGCCAUGGAGACCGCUGUACGAGCUUCAGGACAGGAUCCUCUAUUCCAAGACUGAGCAUCUGGGCCUCAACUGGUUCCCCAAUUCUCCUCGGCCUCGUGCUUCCUCUAAACACAUAAUCAUAAAAUUGUUUCAGAGGUGCUCAGUGGAGACCGUCCUGAAGACCCUGGUGAAGAGCUGCCGGCCGUACUUCCCGGAGGUGGCAACGGAGGAGAUGCUGGAGGAGUGGCGGCCGCUGCUCUGUCCCUUCGACGUCACCAUGCAGAGAGCCAUCAGCUACCUGGAGCUGUACCUCCCCACCACCCUGCCCCCAGAGCUGCACCACCGGGGCUUCAGGUUGUGGUUUGAUGAGUUGAUCAGUCUGUGGGUUGCAGUGCAGAACCUGCCUGGCUGGGAGAUGCAUCUGGUCAACCUGUUUGCUCGCCUGGCUAAUGACAACAUAGGCUACAUAGACUGGGACCCCUACAUACCUAAGAUCUUCACCAGGAUCCUGCGCAGCCUCAACCUGCCUGUGGGUACCAGUCAGAUGUUAGUGGCCAGAUACGUGACCAACGCCUACGACAUCGGCCAUGUGGUGCUCUGGGUCUCCUCCCUGCUGGGUGGGCCCAGUAAGAUGGCCCAGGCUCAACUCAGUGGCCUCUUCAACAGCAUCACUUCCUUCUUCCACCCAUCCAAUCACGGACGCUGGUUGAUGAAGCUGAUGAAGCUUCUCCAGCGUCUCCCUGGCAGCGUGGUGCGGCGGCUCCACCGGGAGCGCUACCGGAGGCCCACCUGGCUGACCCCGGUACCGGACAGCCACCUGCUGACGGAGCAGGACAUCACCACGUUUGUGGAGAGCAUGAUGCAGCCGGUGCUGCUGGCCAUGUUCAGCCGCACGGGCAGCCUGGACGCCGCUCAGGCCCUGCAGAACCUGGCCCUCAUGAGGCCAGAGCUGGUCAUCCCCCCCGUGCUGGAGAAGACCUACCCUGCCAUGGAGACUCUGACGGAGCCUCACCAGUUGACGGCCACACUGAGCUGCAUGAUUGGCGUGGCACGCAGCCUGGUGUCCGGAGGACCGCGUUUCCCACAAGGCCCCACUCACAUGCUGCCCCUGCUCAUGAGGGCGCUGCCCGGCGUCGACCCCAACGACUUCAGCAAGUGCAUGAUCACGUUCCAGUUCAUCGCUACAUUUGUGACUCUAGUGCCUUUGGUGGACUGUUCAUCUGCUCUUCAUGACAGGACUGACCUGACGGAGGUGGAGAGAGAAAUGUGCUCAGCCUCUGCUGAGUUUGAAGACUUUGUUCUUCAGUUCAUGGACAGGUGCUUUGCCUUGAUCGACAGCAGCACCUUGGAGCAGACCAGGGAGGAGACAGAGACGGAGAAGAUGACCCAUGUGGAGACUCUGGUGGAAUUGGGACUCUCCUCCACCUUCAGCACCAUCCUCACUCAGUGCUCCAUGGACAUCUUCAAGGUAGCCCUUGAGAAGGUGUUUCGGUUCGCCACCACCAACAUGUUUGAGACUCACGUGGCUGGCAGGAUGGUGGCAGACAUGUGCAGAGCAGCCUCCAAGUGUCACCCGACCGAGUCUCUCAAGCUGUUUGUACCACACUGCUGUAAUGCCAUCAACCAAAUAGCUGUCAAUGAGGAGGUGUUGAACGAGGAGGAGCUGGACAAGGAGCUGCUGUGGAACCUCCAGCUGCUGUCAGAGGUGACGCGUGUGGAUGGGGACAAGCUGCUCCCCUACAGCAGCCAGCUGCUGCAGGUGCUGCAGCUCAGCCUGCACCUGAGGUGUAAGCAGGGCUAUGCCCUGGCCUGCAACCUGCUGCACCACAUCCUGCGCUCCAGCGCCCUCAUCUACCCCACCGAGUACUGCAGCAUCCCUGGGGGCUUCCAGCCGCUCUCACACUCCUACCUGCCCAUCAAGGACUGGGGCCGUCCAGGAGACCUGUGGAACCUGCAGAUCCAGUGGCAUGUCCCGUGUGUGGAGGAGACUGCCUUUGUCUUCUACAUUCUGGACCUCAUCCUGCAGCCAGAGCUGCUCAGGCUGCAGAGACACGCCCAAGGGGACCUGGACAUGACCAGAGAUGACGUCCUGCAGAGUCUAGUGAUUGUGCAGCACUGCCUUCUGGGAGCUGGCAGCGUGCUGCCCCCACUGCAGGGAACCCCCGUACCUGACCUAGUCCAGAGCACAGUGAACCUUGAUGAGACAAGCCUCUUCACCGGCAUGGAAUAUGAUGAGUCCAGGGAAAACUACAGAGACGCCAUCUGCAGAGUGAUGAGACUGCUGUUGCAUCACAUCCUGGAGCACUCUGAGGACGACACCAAGUCUCUGUUCUCCAUAAUCAAGAUCAUCAGUGACCUGCUGCACUUCAAAGGCUCUCACAAACAUGAGUUUGACUCUCGCUGGAAGAGCUUCAACCUGGUGAAGAAGUCCAUGGAGAACAGGCUACACGGGAGGAAACAGCACAUCAGAGCCUUGCUGAUCGACCGUGUGAUGCUACAGCACGAGCUGCGUAAGCUCACAGUAGAAGGAUGUCAGUACAGGAGUAUCCACCAGGAGCUGAUGAAGGACCUGCUGAGACUGUCUACCAGCACCUACAGUCAGGUGCGUAGCCGCGCCCAGACAGUGCUGUUCACCGCCCUUGGGACCUACAACUUCUGCUGCCGUGACCUCAUCCCCCGCGUCCUGGACUUCCUGCAGCCCGCUCGCUCAGAUAUCAGCCAGCAGCAGUUCAAGGGUGCGUUAUACUGCCUGCUGGGGAGCCACACAGGGGUGUGUCUGGCCAACCUGCAUGACUGGGAGUGCAUCAGCCUGACCUGGCCAGCCCUGGUGCUCUGCAGCCUGAGCCCAGCCAUGUCCCUGGAGAAGCCCUCCAUCGUACGGCUCUUUGACGACCUGGCAGACAAGAUCCACCGGCACUACGAGACCAUCGGCAUCGACUUCUCUAUCCCUGAAAAGUGCGUUUCCGUGGCGAAGCUGCUGCUGACGUCAGGGAAGCCCCUCCUCCUGGACGCCGUGCCCUCCGAGGAGGAGACGGCAGACGGCCUGAUGAGACAAGACACCAGAAACACUGACUCUGUCAGGAGGUACGAGAAUCUGGUGGAGGAGCUACUGGACUGCCUCAGCAACAGAAACAUGCCCUGGAAGUUUGAGCACAUUGCCAUCGGCUUCCUGUCCCUGUUGCUAAGAGACGACCACCCUCUUCCUGCUCCUGCCGUUCUCUUCUUCGUCAAGAGCCUCAACCACGACUCUCUGCUGGUCCGCAAGGUGGCGAUCUCUGCUGUGGCUGGAAUCAUGAAGCAGCUCAAGAGACCACACAAGAAAAUCCCUGUCAUCUUCCAGCAGCUCAGUGUGUCCCAGACUGGGGGUGUGGUGGCGGGGGACCGGCCUGAUAACCAGUGGCUCCAGUACAACAGCAGCUCCCUGCCCCGCUGCAAGAAGGACUGGGAUGGAUGUGUGUUCAUAGAGAAGACACACUGGGGCUAUUACAGCUGGCCACGAAAGCUGAUGACAUAUGCCCCACCAGAGGAACAACCCAAACAAGACCUGACCAGAGACCAGAUGACUGAGAGAGAACAGAUCAUCUAUGACCACUUCUCUGAGCCGCUGUUCAUCAAGCAGCUGAUAGAGUUCCUGUCUCUGGAGGACCGCAAGGGCAAGGACAAGUUCAGCCCUCGAAGGUUCUGUCUGUUCAAGGGUCUGUUCCGGAACUUCGGUGACAGCUUCCUGCCGCUGCUGCAGCCUCACCUGCAGAGUUUGGUGUGUGACUCUCACGAGAGCAAACAGCGCUGUGUGGCCGAGAUCAUCUCGGGUCUCAUCCGGGGCAGCAAGCACUGGAGCUACGACAAGGUGGAGUGCCUGUGGGAGCUGCUCUGUCCGCUGCUCCGCACUGCCCUCAACAACAUCACCAUAGAAACCUACACUGACUGGGGGACAUGCAUCGCCACUGCCUGCGAGAGCAGAGACCCCAGGAAGCUGCACUGGCUGUUUGAGCUGCUGAUGGAAUCUCCUGUCAACGGGGAGGGAGGGUCCUUCGUGGAUGCCUGCCGGCUGUACGUGCUGCAGGGGGGCCUGGCCCAGCAGGAGUGGAGGGUUCCUGAGCUGCUCCACAGACUGCUGGCCUACCUGGAGCCCAAACUCACACAGGUCUACAAGAACGUGAGGGAGCGCAUCGGCAGUGUUCUCACCUACAUCUUCAUGAUCGACGUGACCCUGCCGUCCGUCCAGCCCACCUCCUCCCCUCGCAUCGCUGACUUCACGCAGCGCGUCAUGCAGCACCUCAAGCCUCUGCUGGAGGGAGACGAGGAGAUCCAGAACCACGUGCUGGAGGAGAACGAGGGCGGCCUGCAGGACGAGAGGACCCAGGCCAUCAAGCUGCUCAAGACAGUGCUGAAGUGGCUGAUGGCCAGCGCUGGACGAUCCUUCUCUACUGCCGUCCCAGAACAGCUCCAGCUGCUUCCUCUGCUCUUCAAAAUUGCUCCGGUGGAGAACGACGACAGCUAUGACGAGCUGAAGAGGGAUGCUAAGAUGUGUCUGUGUCUGAUGUCCCAGGGUCUGCUUUACAGUCAGCAGAUCCCCCAGGUGCUGCGCACUCUUCAGGAGAUCGCGGGCAGCAGCUCCUGGCAUGCCAGGUACACAGUGCUGACGUACCUGCAGAUAAUGGUGUUCUACAACCUGUUCACCUUCCUGAACCAACCCAGCGCUGUGCAGCAUGUCAGACAGCUGGUCAUACAGCUGCUGCAGGAUGAGCAGCUGGAGGUGAGGGAGAUGGCUGCCACCACGCUGAGCGGCUUCCUGCAGUGUAACUUCCUGUCCAUGGACCCCUCCAUGCAGAGCCACUUUGAGGAGCUGUGUAGGACCAGACUGCCCAGGAGCAGAAGGAGGGAGCAAGGCUCUGCAGCGGACAGCAUCCCCUCUGGAGACCUGGUGAGGCGUCAUGCGGGCGUGUUGGGGCUGAGUGCCUGUGUCCUCUCCUCUCCCUACGAUGUCCCCACAUGGAUGCCCCAGCUGCUCAUGGACCUGAGCGCUCACCUCAACGACACCCAGCCCAUAGAGAUGACGGUGAAGAAGACUCUGUCUAACUUCCGCAGGACUCACCAUGACAACUGGCAGGAGCACAAACAGCAGUUCACUGAUGACCAGCUGCUGGUGCUGACUGACCUGCUGGUGUCCCCCUGCUACUAUGCCUAGACAGAUGGUGAUCAGCUGAACAUCUCCUCCAUGGUUGCUCUGGUCUCCUGGAGGGAUGCUCUUGGCCAGGAGGAGUGACAGGAGAUGGCACAGGAGAUGGUACAGGAGAUGGCACAGGAGAUGGUACAGGAGAUGGCACAGGAGAUGGCACAGGAGAUGGUACAGGAGAUGGCACAGGAGAUGGUACAGGAGAUGGUACAGGAGAUGACACAGGAGAUGGCACAGGAGAUGGCACAGGAGAUGGCACAGGAGAUGGUACAGGAGAUGGCACAGGAGAUGGUACAGGAGAUGACACAGGAGAGGGUACAGGAGAUGGUACAGGAGAUGGCACAGGAGAUGGCACAGGAGAUGACACAGGAGAUGGCACAGGAGAUGGUACAGGAAGCCGGAAGGAAAGAAGAUCUUGACUGCUGGUCUCUACUGGACUCUUCCAGACUCUACUAGUCAAUAUUGGUCUCUACUGCUGCAACAUUGUCUUUUCUGGAGUCUACUGGUCUAAUAUGGUUCCUGCUGGUCUCUGCUGGACUGUUGAGAACCCAAGACAGACAGAGGCCAGGGCGGGAGGAGAGGACUUAAAUAAAGAAUUGUGUAUUUAUGUAUUGAGCGCUCAUUUACAUUUCUACUAUACUAAAUAUUUAAGGUUGAAUCACAGCAGGAAUAACUGGUCUGCGGUUUGUAAUAUUACUGUACAGGUGUGUGUGUGUGUGUGUUUGAGACUGCCUACAUCUCUGAGUAUCUGGCCAUGUGUGUGUGUUUUAUCUAUAUGAUUAUAUGCAUAUUUUAUGUAUAUAUCCUGUAUAUAACAAACACAACAUAUUUAUUGUAUUUAUUUUGAAGUGUUCGUGAUAAAAAUCUUUUUAGAGAGUUCAUAGAUUUGGUAGAGUGCUAUCUUUCUACCUGUUCUUGCUACGUCUGUGUGUAAUUGAGAGUGUGUAUGUGUGCGUGUGUGUAAUUGAGAGUGUGUAUGUGCGUGCGUGCGUGCGUGCGAAG